GAUGCUCGGCUUGUAUCAUGCACCAGCCUGGCAUUUGCUAGCGUAUACAUGAAAUGUCACAUUUUCUUUUCCUCGAUACAUGGCGUCACUUUCGACCGUAUUGCGUGUUUUUCAAGAUUCGUUGUGAAAAACAUUGUUAUUAAGCGUUCUUUCGUCGUGCUUAAAUAAAGAGCAAUGGGACCGACCAAUCAGCAUGCUGGGCGAACUGCUAGCCGCAGUGGAGGAAGCGGUAGUAGCUCCAGCCAAGGCCAAGAUCAGGCACAAGCUCUUCGCACUCAAAUCCAGCUGGAAAUUGAACAGAAAGCCAAAGUCUGCGCUAACACACAGUACGAAUGUACGCUACCGCGGGUAGACUCGUACGUUUACUGCUUCCGGCACAUUCUGCAGGACCCAAAUGCUCCGUACAAGCAGUGUGAAUUUGUAUUUCCCAACGAACGUCGUUGCUUGGAGCCGUCGCCGAAGUACGACGUAAAGAAGGAUUACGGUUCCAACUAUUGCUUCGAGCACAGCCGACAGACGCAACUGAAAAAGACGAAAUCAACGAUCGGAAAGCUGGUGCCCGUGGAGACAACGGAAACGUUGCUGCACGGUUUGGCACACCAUGUGAAGGUGGACAAAGCCAAGCAGCAUUACAUGGGCAACAACACCCCGCUCAAGAUAACCGUACACGAGGAUGACGAAGAUACGGAUGUGGACGUCGUAACACCAUCGGUUGAUCCUUUCGUUGACGUCGACGUUACAGCGAUUAAUGAUUCCGGACGUAUCGUGCUGGACUAUGCUUCCGAUUCAAGUGAUGACGAUGCAGCGGUACUCCACCCGACGUACGGUUCAUCCUGGAAAGCGCACGAGAUGGAUAACUCCGAUAACGAGAGUGUCGACUCGCAGGGCGGUGAUCCACUGAAGCAUGCCGGUAUCUACACAGCCGAAGAGGUGACGCGCAUUACCAAGGAAAAGCUGUUCCGGCUGCAGACGCUGUACAUCGAGCAAAUUCACCGUCUGCAGCAUGUGUUACGCGAGCGGCGUCGUAACUAUCUGAAGGAUCAGCGUGCCGAACGUGACUUCCAUUGUAGCAUCUAUGACCAAAUCAAGCAAACGCCCCGCGAGCGGUUACUGUACGAGAAGCUGAAGGGACUGAACCGGUACCACCGUAAGCAUGGUGUGGAGGCGAUCUUACAGCGCAAAUAUUUGGAAAAGCGGGCCAAAGCAACGGAGGGCCUCCAGCAGAAGCCACCAUCACUGCCGAAGUGUUCGUACACCGAGGGUGGUGUGAAGUGUGGCGAACGAACGCUACCAUGCUGUAAGCACUGCCGCAAGCACAUCCUGGAGGACAAGAAGCAGGUGCUGUUCCGAGCGUGCGGUAUCGAGAAGAGCGGUGUCGUUUGCCAGGAAACGCUGGCCGGACUGUUUGAGAAUGUGACCUGUCCGCUGCACAUGGAACUGCCGGCCCAGCGUUCAUUCAACAAGCGCAAGUACGAAUCUGAAUCGGAAGGAGAGUGUGAAACCAGUGCCAUGGAAGUAUCCAGUACGGUUGUUGGUGAGAAAUCUUCCCAAGUGGUAACCGACAAAAGCAGCGUUGAGGCACUGGAGGAGAAGAAAGUGAUGCAUUUAGAACCCAAGGCUGCUGGUGCCGAGAUGGAUGCAAAGCCUUCCGUUAAAGCCGAAAGCAAACGCAAAGUGAUUAAAACGGAACCAAUCACACCGGUUACACGAGUUCGUAAUACACGUUCCUCCCGGGCAGCCGCGGCCAAGCUGGAAGAUAAGCAGAAAUCGGAGCAGGAAACGGUCAGCACAGCAAACGAUCAGGAAAUGAAGCAGGAACCGAAUGAGUCGCAAGAAAUCGUCACAAUCGUGCAUCCCAUCACCACUUCUACCGUGUCUCCGAUGGAUGAUAGCACUCUUGACCUGGAGGAGUGUCUACUGCCGGCCAGUGUUAUUCACAAAAGGAAACCUAAACCGGACGAGAACACCAGCAAACCGAUCGUGCCAAUGGAAACAGAUUCGAUGGACGUUUCAAGUGCAUCGGUAGUGGUGGAAGCAGAAAAGCAAAGCGAAACGGAACCACCAGUCAAGGAUGAUGCCCCGAAAGAGGAGGAUAAACAGGAAGAGAAAAAGAUCGAAAAGGAAACAUCGAUGACCGCAGGAGAAGGUGAAGUAGAUGUAAUUAACGAUCAGCAAACUCCUUCCUCCGACAACACGACGCAUCAGGAAGCGGUUGUAGACACAACCACAUCGACGGAUGCGGUUGAAUCGGCAGAAUUGCAAAAGGAAAAAGACGGCCAGGAUGAAUCAACAACAUCCUCGUCGAAGGUGACACUAACAGCGAGACAAAAGAAGCUUCUUCUUGCUACGGACAAGCAUGAAUCGUAGAUCAAGCAAAUCUGAAGUUGCCAUGGCCACGGUUGUAAUUUGAAGUGCAAAUUGAUACCGAGCCCACGGUCAGAGGACAUCUCGGCGUUGAAAGUAGUCAUAAUACGUUUAUGAAAAUAUUUUUACAAGAAUUGUUCUAGGCUUAGUUUUUUCAUUAUUCAACUACUACAAUUUAAAUGGUCAAUAAACUUUUUAAGUUUGAUAAACGAAGUAAAA